AUGGCUCCAGAAGUUCUCAAUGGACCUCCAUCAACGGCGUCAGACAUGUUCAGCCUGGGUGUCACCAUGCUUGAGCUGGCAACAAACGUUGAUGUCGAGGCUGAACGAUCAAUAAUUCGCCAAGGUUGCUUGCCAAAGUCGUGGUUUGAAGGAGUAUCCAUGACACUACGAGAAAAAUUCGUUCGUCUCCUAAAUGCUAAAGCAAGAUGUCGCCCGACAGCAGGGAAACUCUUGAAAGAAAUAAAGCCACUGAGCCUCGAAAGGGCUACCUUCAAAUGCAUGAGAGAGAUUAUCACUCCUUUUGACAAAGAAUAUUAUAUGGAUAAGGAUUGGGAAUACGAAUCUGAAGAUGUUGUCUACCCUCCUUCUCUCAGGGCCAAGAGGAAAUACGAUAAGACUUUUAUAUCGCCUCCACUCAGGAAACGCUUGAUCUUCGACGAGGACGAUGAUGGAAUCGCUCCUAGUGCAGAUGCAGACACAACACCACAAGCUCCAGCGCAGCCCUUCACUCGAGUGUUAGAGUUCAGCGGGUCUCCGCCACUCAAGAAGGCUAAAAUAUCUGUUUCUGCAAAAUGA